AUGAUGAUCUCCGAUCUUCCUGAGGACUUGGUAGAGGAAAUACUCUCUAGGGUUCCGGCCACAUCUCUAAAACCAUUACGAUCAACUUGCAAACGAUGGAAAGCUUUUUUCAAAACGCCAAGAUUCGCCGUGAAGCACUUUCGUAAUGCUCCAAAGCAGUCUCAUGUUGUCAUGUUGAAGGACUCUAGGGUUUUUCCAACGAACGUAGAUCUCAACGUUGUUCCUCCAUCUAUAGAGUUUAAAGAUGCACUUGAUCUAAAGUGUUCCCUUCGUAUAUCACCGACAACAAGAGACCGGUGGUUUUUAAUCCGUACUUAG